AUGAUAACAACAAGUGUAGUUCAAGUUGAUCUGAUAAACGAAUGCGCGUCCAUAACGACAGUGGAGAGAAACAAAGAGAUUGUUAAGUGGCGCGAAAGUAAUACUACCUGUGACGCUGAGCAAGGACAUGGUGGGACGAGUGGCCGUCUGGCCUGGCUGGCCCGUCGACCCGAGGCGGUCGGCGGGGCCGGCGCCUCACCGGCCGCCGCGGGGCGCCAUAUCUCGCACACGCGCGCCCGGCUCUUCGCGGCCCGGCGACCGACUGACGCCCGGCUUCUCCCCGCCGAGCCAUCAACCUACAAACCGCAGGACAUGCCUCCGCCGGCCGGCUGCCCCGAUAACGACAUUUUCACUCAUCGCAUCACAGACACGCACAUACAAACAUCCUCUAAAAGCACCACCGACCGCACGCAGUGCGCCACUCGCUCAACGAAAGCUCGGUGUGUCAGCUCGACUCGUAAUAAGGCUUCGAAAGCGCAUCCACACAUUUUUACGUUCACGUAG